AUGAUUGAGACAGUGGAUAGUAGAGACGAACUUAUAAAAUAUUCCUUUAAUAUUAUUUGGAAAGCUACCGAAGGCAAAAUAACCAAAGCCACUUUUAAUACGAAUCCAUUGUUUUCCGUUACCUUUUUUUUAAAUGAUGAAACUUCCGAAACAUUACAUUUGGACGCACCAAAUGUGGUGCUUAUCAAAAGAGAAAAUUUCUUAAAGCUCUUAAAGUCUACGGAGCAGAAUGAGGUUCCAAUUAUAAUUGACGAUGAAAAGGAUCAAGGAAGUGAAUUUCAAGAUUUGGAUCCUGUAACCUAUUCUAGUACGAUUCAAGAAAAUGUUAUACAAGCUGAAGAUAUUAAUCUUAACAGGCAACCUAGUGAUUUAUCAAUAGAAUUAGAUUUUGUAAACAUGGACAUAGAUGAUCAGGGAGAAAAAAUAUUGCGAAUCGAUGAUAAUUUAAUUGAAUGCGAUAAUUCCGUGUCACCACCUUUUGAGGAGAAUGAGGUUAUUCAAAAAAAUAAAUUGCAAAAUUUAAGUUCGAACAAUCAGCAAAGAAUAGCACUUACAGGAAGUCUCAAGAUAGGACCACUAAAUCUAAUAAAUGAGGUGUUUAAAGUAGCAAAAAAUAAUUAUGAUAAGGAUGUUAAUCAUGGUGGUAUAGAACGUAUCCCUUCAAUAUUGACAGAAGAUAGUCCACUACCAAGCGAAAAAGAAGCUGUAUCGGUUUUUCAA